GUGGGUUCGCAAUCUUCAGCAAGAAGUCUUCCUCAAAACGGGAAAAAGUACAAUCAUCAUUAUUACCAUCACCAUCAUUGUGGAAAAGGGCAAACAUCCAUAGCAGGAUUACGGUGGGGCUGAAUUUGUACUUUGUACUAUACACAUUUCACUCUUGGCUUCUUCUCUGAUUGCAAUCUUCUCAGCGGGCCGAUAGAUUUUUUGAAGGGCGUAAAGAUGAGCAAGACGGGCGGCAGCGGCGGCGGCAGUGCCAACAGAAGUGCACAAAAUUCCCCAAUUUCUCAAACAAAGAACUUACCAGAAGAAAACAGUACAACCUCACACCGCUCCAAUACGUCAAUCUCUUCAACAUCUAGCUCAAACAGAGAUAGUCAUUCGGGACACGGAUUUUCAUUCUUUCAUCGUAAUUCAGAUCAUCCACACGAAGGUUCAGCAUUGGGUCAUAUGCUCGCUCCAGCUUUAUCUGUUGCAGGAGCGCAUAAUCCAUUCUCGAUCAGCGCCUUGAAUGAAGAUGGAACUCGAAAGAGAACGCAUACAUAUGGCAAAUCCGAUAAGGGCAAAGAUCAAAGCACACCACCAGAAUACGAGGAAGUGAAUACAGACGAUACCGAUUCAAAGCACAGCAGAAGACGUAAGCGAGAUCGAUUUCGUACAGCUUUUGGUCGUAGUUUAAGCCCGUGGCGCUAUCAUAAUGAAGACGGCGGAGAAGGAAGAAGAAGGAGCGGGAGCUGGAACUUGAGCCGUCAAAGUCGAGAUAGCUUAGAUGUACAAAGAGAGCAUACCGAUAAACGCACAGCUGGUGAUGGCAACGAAACCGAAAGUGAUGGCGAAAGCGUUAAAAGUGGAAUUGUACCACGCAAUAGCGCAUUUGCAAACUUUGCAGAUGAUUCUGAAAGUGAAGAAGAGAUGGGCAAUGUGUCUCGUCGAGCAAAUGCUGACUCUCUAGAGAGUGACGGUAAUGAUGCUGCUAUUGCCAAGAAUGACGAACAGACGGAAGGGGAAACAGAAAGCACAACGGAUGCUGAAGAUAGUGAUGACUAUAUCGACUUUGACGAGGAAACACUGGAUAACACACUAUAUAACGCAGGAUGUAUAGAUCUUCAUGAUGCCUGGCUCAAAGACGGUCAAAGUCAGCAUUCACACUCUGGCAAAGAUCACCGAUCGCAUGCCCACUACGGUCCGGAGGAUUACGAUGCUGCAUGGGAAGGUGCUGGUCCUUCUGGGCACGAUGAAGGCGAUGAAGGAUUACGAGCGCCCAACGUGGUCGUAGGACAAGAUCAAAGUCUGUCCCCGUCAGCAUUGACGGGCGAAGGAAUGGAGAUCUUGACGAUUGCAGACGAGCCGCUUCAUUCGGCAACUGGUCCACCAAAGAUGCUAACACCAUCUAUGCGCACGCAAAGCUAUACCAGUUCCAUCUCUCCGAGUGAACAACAAUCACUUUCGUCUAUCAGCAAAGAAGGUGCAAGCAAACAGGAGAACGGAGAAAACGUAAGCUCUGACAGGAAAUUAACGGCAAGUCGACCUGUCUUUGAGAAAAACAGAUGCACAAUCACGCUCAUACAUGGUGAUUACGACAAAUUUGCACAUGAAAGCAAGCGUCCAAGAAGAUACAUUGCUGCCAGUGAUGGUAGUGAAGAGUCGUCUUAUGCAAUCGAAUGGACGAUCGGCACUGUUUUACGCGAUGGUGACGAAAUGCUUAUUGUUUCAGUGAUGGAAACGGACACAAAAUUGGAUGCAACUGAUUCGAAACACGAGGACAAGAAAGCGCACCAAGAGCAUCAACGAAUUCGUCAAUCAAUGGCCGUUAUUUUGGCCAGAAGAGCGGUUGCUGUUCUUCAACGAACAAGAUUAGCCGUGCGGGUCUCCUGUCAAGCAUUGCAUGCACGCAAUUCACGGCAUAUGUUUAUUGACAUGAUUGACUUUUUUGAGCCAACGAUGUGUGUUGUUGGUUCGAGAGGUUUGGGAAGCUUGAAAGGUGUUUUGUUGGGAAGUUUCAGUCAUUAUUGUGUUCAAAAAUCACCUGUACCGGUCAUGGUAGCACGUAAACGACUCAAGCUACCACCUUUGCCCAAAGGUAAAACGGAUGUGGUUAGCAAUGUGAGAGCAAGACAUAUGCGAUUAGACCAGGCAAUGAUUGAGAAAGAUGCAAAUGUUGCGGAAGAUACGCCUGAAAAGAAAGAGUCCGAAAAGGAAGGCGAGAAAGAAGAGCAAACAGCAAAGACGAACAAGGAUGAAGUUGUGAAGAAGGAGGAGGAAAAAGAAGAAGCUGCCGUCAAAACAAACUCUGAAAGCUCGACGGAUAUCGAUACGCCUGCUAAUGCUGGAGAUGCUGCCGCAAAGAAGGAUUCUGAUGAAGACAAAUACAGUGGAGUGACAAAGGGCAGUGAUGUGCAAGCAGCAGAUGAUGAUAAAGGUAACCUUGGGAAAUUCAAACGAGAAGAAGAAGAUAAAAGGCAAACAGAGGAGAUGCAAAAAGAUGCAAAAGAGGCUUCCGCAUUGCUCGAUGAGAAGAAAGGUGCAAAGAAGGGAGAGAAAAAGACUGACGCAUCCUCAGUUCAACGUUCCAAUUCCGACUCUAGACAAGUUCGAGGAAGAAAAAAGUUUACCGUUGGAUCACAGCCUGAAGACGAGAAGAGUGACCAGGAGGAAGAGCCGCGAGGUCGUAGUCGAUCACGAUCUCGAAAUUAGUCAUUCAGCCAUGUACUUUUAUCAUAUGUAUCAACCAAGGAUAAAUCUAUCAAAUAACAUUUUAUUCAAUACAGGGCGAAUCCGGAAAAGUAGAUAUUAUAACAAACAUACAUGAGAAACUUAUUAAGCUUUGGAAAGACUCAAUUCGCCUUGAAUCUCGUUUACACGUUUCUUCCAUUGAUCUACAUCGCGUAACUUUUCUUCCAAAUCCUUGAUUUCAUCGUUGAAGCUCUUUGCUUGACCGUCUUGAGUUGUCAAUCGUUCGAUUUCCCAUUUUCCUGCUUCUCCAUGUAAGCGCAAUAAAACGUCAUGGUAUUUGAACAAAGAAGGUCUGUGUGAAAUUGUGAUUAGAGUGAUUCCCAUCUCUUUUGCACGAGCGUACAUCAAUCCUUCCACAUCAGUUGAAACCGCACUUGUGCAUUCGUCCAAAACACCAAAUUUAGGUGAAUGAUAAAACAAACGUGCCAUUCCCAUCCUUUGUUUUU